ACACUAGAUUACUCAUCCAGUAAGGCGGACAUUAAAGAAACGGAUGUUACAACAGCAACUAUCUGUUUCAAUGGCAACAGUCAUAGUGACGAAUCGAUGGCGCGGAGAUAAAACUGUUAUGCUAUGCCCUAGCAAGCUAGCAACAAUGUCCGGAAAUAUUUAAAGCGAUCUAUGUUUGAUAUAUUCAAUAACUGCGUUCCCGUGUAUUUGUUGUGUAUGUUGCCCUUUACGCAGUUCAGGUGUCAGUUUUGUUCCAGUAAAGAUAAAAUAAAAAAAUAUUUGCAAUGUUAUGCUAGCUAGCCGAAGAAAAUGCAUGUCUCUCUAUAAAUGUUUGGACUGAUACACACAAAGGCUUGCUUAAUAGGAUGCCAGGUCUUGCUGUACCCUGUUGUUCUACAUCUGCUUCUUAAUCAUGCAGGAGGCUGUGGACCUGGAAGCCCAGCUGGCCUGUAAAGAAAAAGAAUGGAAAGAACUUCAGACUUUGCGAAUCCGACAACUAGAGACUGCUCUACAUGAGGCCACAACAGAGCUAUCAGUCCAGAAGGAGCGUUUUCUCCAUUUGCGGGAUGACUUCAAGUACAAUCUAUUUGUGUUGGAGGAGAGGGACAGAGAGCUGGAGCGUUAUGAUGCUUUGGCAGCCCAUGCUCAGACUGAGGAGAGUUCCAGGCGAGAAGAGGUCAGUGAGCUGAGGAUUGAGAUGGCAAAAUUCCAGGAUACCCUGGAGGAGGAGAGGAGAGCGAAGGAGGAGAUUGAAGUGCAAUAUCAAAAGAGAGGAGUUCAGCACCGACUCAAACUGGAAAAGAUGCAGAGUGUGAUGGAGAAUGAGAUCCAAAAACUCAGGGAGGAAAAUGAAACAUUGAGACGGGAUCUCCAGCGACGAAUUCAAGAAUCCGAUGGGGAGCUGGCCCUGCAGAAACAGGAAAUGAUGGCAGAUUUUGACAGUGAAAUGAGAAAACGGGAGCAUGAGUUCAAUCUAAAGUUGGAUGAGAUGAACAGUGUUGUUCUCUCCCAUGAGCUUAAAGAAAAGCUUUUGAGUAAAGAGCUAGAGGUCCAUGCCAAAGCUCACAACCAGGCCACUGAAGCCCUGCAGGCAUGUGAGGAACUUUACCAGCAGGCACUAAAAGAGAUCCAGCGCAAAGAUUGGGAUCUAAAAAACACCACUGCAAUGAAAGACUCCAAGAUAAAAGAGUUUAAUGACAGACUACAGCAAUUGGAGAGCAACUAUAAAAAAGAGCAGAAAGCCUACAACAGGAAGCACGCAGAGCUGGAACGCAGGUCUCGGGAGAAAGAGGAUGCACUUGGCCUCAUAAGAGAGGCUCACACCAGGGAGCUCCAGGAAGAGAGGGGGAGGACCUCAGAGCUGCAGGCCCAACUGAACAUGCUGAUCCUGGAGCAGGAGAGAAGAGAAAAGAGCAAUUCGGAUGACCUCCACCAUAAAGACCAGCAGAUACAGGAGAUCAGAAUGCAACUGGAAACAAUUCGAUCUGGCUGGGAUAAUUACAUCACUCAGGUCUCCAAAGAAAUGGUUACCAAGGAUACCAAGCUGCUUUCUGUAGGGGAGAGAGAGGUCAAAGUGAAAGUAGAGUUGCAAAAGUGUAAGGAGGAUAUAGAGAGGUAUAAGCAGCAGGUAGCAAGUGGGCUGCAGAGAGAGCAGGCACUUGAGCAGAAGAGAGUUCAGCUGGAGUUAGACUGGGAGCGGCGAUGUGAGGAGGUGCGUUCUGAACACUACCUGAGGAGCGAGGAGCUCAUCCAGAGCCUCACACUGUCCAGAGACCAGGUAACUGCUGAGUUAAGAGAGAAGGAACGAGAGUUGCAGGAGACAGUGGCAAUGUUGAAAAGUGUCACAAUAGAGCGAGAUCAGGCACUGCGUGGAACCAAACCAGUACCUGGAACUCAGGCAUCUGUUAUGGAUGGCAGCAGUUUUCCUUCAGACGAGAUCAGGAAACUCCGGCAGCAGAACAGCAGUCUUAGAGCUGUGGUGGCUGAGAUGAGGAAGGAGAUGGAGAGCCUGAGCAAACAGAUGCCUCCAGCUCAGAGUCAGACCACUGAUCCAGAAUCCAGCUCUGCAGGGACUAUGGAGUACAGUAAAGACCUGGAGAAAGAGAUGCUGGUUCUUAAGGCCAAAUGUCGUCAUCUUGAGAAGCAGUUGAAGGAGGCGUUGAAGACCACCAAUACCGCCAACACCUCUGUCCUUGCUUUUCCAGUUUCUCCUGACAAUGCUUACCUUCAGAACCACAUGAGAUCACUCAAUGAGACUAUAGGUGGACUACGAGUGGAGAAAGUAUCCAGUGUCGCUGCUCUGAAGAAACAGGAAGUGAGGCUGGCUCAUUUGGAGUCUGCUGUGGAACAGCUCACCCAGCAAGUAAUGAUUUUAUGUCACUUAAAACAUAUUGAAAAUGAAGGAUUAUGCCUGGAGCUGGCCAAUCAGAAGAGGGCAGCAGCAGUUGAAGAGACAAGGCUGAAGCAAACAUUGACAGCCACUCAGCUAGAGUUGAGGGAAGUGAGACGGGAGGCAGAGGAGUACCAAAAAGGCAGCUUGCUACACAACCUGGAGACGGUUGCACUUGGUAACCAGGUGUCGGCAUUGAAGGUUGACUUUGCAAGCAGAAGAGAGCCCAUUGUUCUUAAUCAGAGUGAGAUGGCAAAGCAGCUUCAAGAGGAGAACCUGUCCCUGAGACGGCAGCUGCUGUUACAGAGUUCUACCAGAGGGGGUGCUGGGGGUGAUGGCUCUUUGCUCCAGUCGAAGCUCAGACAGGCUGCACGCUUGAUCUCCAGUCUCAGUCAGGACAAACGACAGCUCAUUGAAAUGGGCAACAGGCUCCGGGCUCAGCUGACAGAGGCAGGACUGGAUGUUGCACGAUACUCAACGAUCAUACUCAAACCAAAUAAUGAUCUAAAGCACAGCUUGGUGGAUAAAAACCCCUCCCAAUCGGAGCGUGGGUUCCAGCCAAAGGGCCGUUUGCCUACCCUUGAACAGCUACAGUACCAGCUAACCACUCAGGAGCUACAAUAUGCUCAGAGAGAUCAGAAUAAGAAAACGCCUAUUAUAGUUUGUCCUCAGUUCUCUGAGAGUGACAGAUCAGACCAACACAGAACCACCAACCCAUGGGAGCCACCAAUCAGAGUUCAGUCUUUGGGCAGUAAAGAAAAUACUCCUCCACACCAGAACCAAUCUGAAGCCCCGGUACGACUGCCUGGGUCACCCCGUGACUUGCUGUCAUCUGUGGGCACAGAUGAGUCUUUGCAGGAUGUGUGGCAAAUGUUGGAUCGAGGUUUGAGCUCUUCAGUGUUUUCUCCAAGUGACAGUGAGGACAAAGGUGAAAAAAAAGGUACAGUGGCUGUAGCAAAAAGAGGAGAGCAAAGCAUAACUCGUCAGCCUCCUACUCCACUGGUCUGUGUGAAGGGCACUAAAGCAACAUUACAGGAGAAGAAGAAACAAAGUCACACAACAUUUGUACCUGGAAAAAAGGCACGUCCUGUUGGAAAUCUGGGCAAGAUUCGAAAUUACAACAUUAAAGACUGAAAAAAAAAAAAAAAAAAAGGACAUCAUAAACAUUUUGGGACAUCCUGCUGUAUUUUUAUUUGCUUUUUUGCAUCAUGCCUUUUAUUUUUUGUAACAAUUUUUAAAAACAAUCUAAUAAAUUAUUGUAUGAUUUGACCAGCAUAUAUGCGAAUAAAAGACGAGGCAGAGGAUGGGGAAAAAAUUUAA